AAAUGCAAAGAAACAAUACUUUUUAAUGCGAUUUGAAACUUCCAGCAACUCUAAGCAAACAUGGAAGUUAAAAGAGAAAUAACUGAAGUGCAACUGUCAAGAACACAAAUUCACCAAAUCAACUUGGGAGAGAAUUGAAAUUGGGAGAUGAAUAAGGAUAUGGAAAAUUAUUUCAAUGAAUUUUUAUUAUUAUUGGAUCAAAACUGGCCCAGGACAUUCUAAAUGGCGAUUGUAAUGGCGCAGAUGAGCAUGCGGCAGCUGAUCAGAGAGUCUGCCGGUCACUAUUCUUUGCACCUGUCAGUGAGGACGAAAUGAUAAAAAUCAUAAAUAGUCUUAAAGCUAAUAGUGCACCUGGACUCGAUAAUUUAAAGCCAGAUUUUUUCAAACAGAAUAAUACUAUACUUGUCAAGCUUUUAACACAUAUUGCAAACAGAAUUUUUGAGGAAGGUGUUUUUCCACAGUGUCAUUUGUCCAAUCUUCAAAACAGGAGAUAAGAAAGAUGAAUUGCUACAGACCCAUAUCAUUACUCAGUACAUUAUCGAAAUUUUUUGAAAAGUGUAUCAAAACAAGACUGAUCAGCUUUCUUGAAAAAAUAAUCUUCUAUCGCCAAACUAAUAUGGUUUUAGUUCUAGUCGCAGUACAAAUGAUGCUAUCCACUAUGUGUAUGUUACCACUCAGAUUGCCGAUAAAAUAAACACUGAAGAGAAACCAUUAGCAAUAUUCUUCAAGCUUUUGAUACGGUGUCACAUGCCAUUCUUCUUUCAAGGCUAGAUAACUAUGGAAUAAGAUGAGUCGCAUGGAAUCUGUUCAAGAGCUACCUAUCAAACCGAACACAAUGUGUCAGAGUCAAUGGAUGUACAAGCAACAAGCUGACUGUGAAGUAUGGAGUGCCACAAGGAACAGUAAACAGUACUAUGACCAAUUCUAUUUCUGCUCUACAUAAAUCCAUUAUGCAACAUGGAAAUUAAUGGAUCAAUCACCACCUUUGCAGAUGACACUGUCCUACUGUUCUCUGAACCGACCUGGGAGAUGACCUAGAGAGAAGCUGAGACUGGACUUCAGAGGGUGUCUCACUGGUUGAAUGAAAAUCUGCUAACAUUAAACUAUUAGAAAACCUUCUUUCUGACCUUUUAGGCGACUCAACAGGAAAUGAGAUAAUAAUCAAGAAUCAACGGAAUAACACUUCAUAUUCAAUUCUAUUCUAUUCAUACACAGUUCACAAGAAACAGUCACAAAUACCUGGGAGUUACAAUGACUCUGCGCUGGGAUCAUCAUCUCAAUGAAUUAUGCGAGAGACUGAGGAAGACCAUCUACAGAUUCAGGAUCCUGAAGACACUGGUCGACAAGGGAUGUCUAAAAGUUAUCUACUUCUCUCUAGCACAGUCCCUCAUCCUGUAUGGGAUUGUAGGAUGGGGAGGUACAAGCUUCUUGCACAUCGAACCGCUCCUCAGGGUACAGAGGCUGAUCAUGAGGGUCAUCAACCAGAAGCAUCCACGCUAUUCAUCAGACCAACUAUUCAAUGAGUUUGACGUGAUGGAUCCAAGACAGCUUUACUCCAAGGAGAUACUAUGCAGAUUACACAAGAACCCAAUUCAAACCAGAAACCACAAUCACAACACAGAUACAGGAAUAUUCUCAUUACCAAUGUUGCAAGGAAGGCACUAUACCAGAGAAAUUUCAAUCAUUUAGCACCAAAAUUAUAUAAUCGAAUUCCUGCAAACUUUAAACAGAUUAAUCAUCC